UCCAUUAUUUCAUUGGUGCAUUCAAUUUCUCUAUUCUUCACUCAAAGACUUGUACAUGUGCAUGUAGUCACGACAGUACCCUUUAUUUCUAGAAAUAACAGGCACAAUAACGAAAGAACAUCACCUUCGAACCCAAUCCCCUACCUACCAACAUGGAAGAUUCACAAAUGGACGAAGGCAACAUCGCCCUCGAGACACCCGCAGACGACGUAUUCGUCCCGCCAUCAAUCCACCGAGACGCCACCCUCGCCGGCGAAACCUACACCCACUUCUCCCCCGUUCCAACCUCUCUCCUCCCCAAACCCUCAUCCGAUUCCACAACCGACCCAUCCCCCCAACCCGCCGGCGAGCCCUGCGUCCUAGGCGUAGACGAAGCCGGCCGCGGGCCCGUCCUGGGCCCCAUGGUCUACGGGGUAUUCUACCUACCCUUAACCCUUUCCGACCCCCUCCUAAAACAAACCCACCACUUCGACGACUCCAAAGUCCUAACCCCCGCCGUCCGCUCCUCCCUAAUGCAAUCCCUCUGCACGUCCUCAACCGACCUAUCACUCUCCUGCGGAUGGGCAGUAUCCUGUCUCUCCGCGCGGGAUAUCGGAGCGAAUAUGCUCCGACCCUCUACAUCCGCCGCUUACAAUUUGAAUGCGCAAGCUUUCGAUGCUACUGUAACUCUGAUUAAGGGUGUUUUCGCGAGGGGUGUGAAUGUAAAAGAGAUUUACGUCGAUACCGUUGGUCCGCCUGUUACUUACCAGGCGAAACUUGCGCGUGUGUUUCCUACGACGCAGAUCACUGUUGCCAAAAAGGCUGAUAGCUUGUACCCGUGUGUCAGUGCGGCGAGUGUAUGCGCCAAGGUCACGCGAGACGCUGCGCUUGAAGUCUUGUAUGAAGCUAGGGCGGCCGCAGGGUUGAAGAACCCAAGUAAAGACGAGGAUGUGGAGAUGCAGGAUGGGGAAGAGGAAGAGGCAAGUUGGGGCUCUGGAUACCCGUCCGAUGCCCGAUGCGUAGCUUGGUUACGGCGGAACAUGCACCCGGUUUUCGGCUGGGGCCCAGAGUGUCGGUUUAGUUGGGGUACAGCAAAAGACAUGUUAGAAGCGAAGGGCGGGGUCAAGGUCGAGUGGCCGGUCGAUGACGAUGAUGAGAAUAGCCGACUUACCGAUUACUUCGCGGACAGUAAUAAAGACAAAGACGCUGACGAAUUAGGGACAUGGUUUGGAGCACCGGCAGGCUUAGAGGCGUUUUAAUGGAACGAUCUGAUAUAAAAUCUAUUUGCAUGAGCAUGGGCUACGGCGUUUUAAGUAGGAUGGUACAAAUGAUACAUAAAUAUUCUAUUUUGG